AUGGCCAGCCAUGGGUGUAGGCCACAUAGCCACCGUGCUGGCUGGGCCAGCUUCUCACAUCCUGGCUACCAUCCCUCUAUGUGGGCAAUAGGCACAUUGGCCAGGCCCAAUACUUUUUUAUACACCAUACACUGGCCGACAUUGCUCCACAUGGCCCACCGACAAGCUGGCCAGAUCACCCUAAUGACUGGCUGGCAUGGAUUCUACAGCCUUUUUGCAUGUCCGGAGCCUGGGUUCUACGUAGCUUGGAUCAACGAAGCAACCGCUGGCGCAGGAAUUCCACGAGGUGGAGGUGACAGUUUCACCACACACACCUACCGUCAUGGUGGAGCACAGUGGCGCUGGAUGUUUGCACCUGUUGGUGAGCGCUGGACAUUGGCUAGGGUAAGGUGGUGGGGAUCAUGGGCAGAAAAUGAGAAUCAUGAUACACUCAUCCGGUACCUACUCGAUGAGCUCUCGACUUACGAAAAUGACCACAGCGAUGCCCUUUGUCCCACACAGAAUGAGGCUGAUGGCUCCUUGCUUGGCGAGCACCGGCUUGUCAGGCCUGCAUGCUCACAGGAUCUGCAGCUCAUGCAGCGGUUCAUCACAGCUGAUGUUGAAGAUUUGCGAAGUGACGUCUGCUUCCUCACAAACACACUCAUCUCCAGCAGGAAUGGACCGCCCGGCUCUACUCUUGUCCAUGAGCCACCAGUGCAGCACACACUCCAUGGUACCUUCCUUCCUCACGAGUCCCCAACACUCAUCCCACAGCAGAUGAUCCCUGCUCCAAGUCGCACCUUCAAUCCAGUCACAAACAGCACCGGCACCACGAAUUUUGGCUCUCGUCCACUCCCCGAGAAGGGCCUGGACAUUCCAAACCUUCCCAUGCGGCGUGCUGAUGGGAGCUAUGCUCCCAAGAAGGACUCCUGGAGGUACAUCAUCCAGCACUGGACAGAAGCCGAUCCCGUACAUGGCUUGCAUGUGGCCCUCCGAGACUGGCCAGCCGAAUGGCUCAAGGGCAAGAACAAAGCCAUCUUCGGCUCGAAGUACCACCAGCAUGCUCUGAUUGCGCUGGAGUUCCUCGAACAGUACCAAGGAAAUGAGUCAGUGUUCCUUGCUGCAUAUCCAGAGUACAAAGAAGGCCACACAGCCCUGCUCACUGCCGUCAAACGUGCCAAGAAGGACCGUGGAGAGAUCAUCCCACGCAAGUAG